AUGAGAGGGGGUUUUUCAGCGAUUGCGUUCAACAUAAAUGGUGUGAAGAAGCUUCCCUAUGAGUUUGCAUAUUGCGAUAAUAAGGAUUUGAUUCCUAAUUCAGCAAAUACAACCGAGGAGGCUCACGAUAACUUCCAAGUAUAUUUAUCGCGUGCAGCGAAAGAAGCUGCUGUUUCCGAAGGCAUCACGAGGUCGACCAACGAUACAUCCGUUAACCUCUCUUAUAGCCCGAUUAAAUGCUGUGAUGGUCAGAAACAACUCUGUCAUGGAACUAAUGAAAUUGUUCAAGUGUAUGAUCCAAAAGAACGCUUAUUUUUAAGCGUUACACUAAAUGGUGUUUUUGGCACUAUUACAAUGAAUGUCGUGGGUGGAGACGUGAACGACGAUAAGUGGGAUGGAAUGCUGAAGAAAACAGAAGAGAAUUUGAAGAGCAGUAAGUACGGUUUCGUCCUCGACACAGUCGUUCUUACGCGCAAUAAGACUUUGGAAAGCAACUAA